AUGCAGGGUACAGACAGUACAAAGACAUCAGAUAAGUUGUUGAGUACUUUCAGCGUACUGGGUUUUCCGCAAGAAUUAGUUUCAGACAACGGACCACCAUUUAACGCAGUAGAAUUUGAACAAUUUUGUAAAGAGAAUGCAAUAAAAUUGACACAUAGCCCUCCAUACCAUCCACAAAGUAACGGUAUGGCAGAGAAAGCAGUUCAAUCUAUAAAACAUAAUUUGAGGAAAAGUCUCUUAGAAUGUAAAACCAGUUCGAGUCUUGCCAAUAAGGUAAAUAAGUAUUUGUUGUAUUCUCGAAACACACCAUGCGUCAAGACAGGGGUUGCUCCUGCGGAGUUAGUAUUAAAGCAGCUUCCUCGGACAAAAUUAUCGAUGUUGAAACCAGAAUUCAAUUGUACACGGUCGAAAGAAACUAACUGUCAGAUGCCUACUUUUAGACCAGAACAAUCUGUCUUCGUUAAGUCAAUUGCGGAUAAAGAAGUCAAGUGGUGGCCCGCAAAAAUUUUAGAACGAAAAAGUUUUGCAACAUAUUUAGUUUUAGUGAACGGAAAAACAAGGCUCUAUCACGCUAGCCACAUUAAAGUAGAUCAGACUGUGAAUCAAGCGAAGUCAAGAGAGGCGCAAGCUGGUUUACCACUUUCGGAGGCUUGUCUGGGUAAUACAAGAGAUACAGAAUAUGAUUCUAAUUAUCAGCAGAAUAGAACAUUUCCAGAAAAUGAUACACAUAUGGCCGACGAAAGUGUUGAUUCAGCAAAACUAAUACCUCAGAUAUCUCCAAAGCACAUUGAAGUUCCGAAUAGUGCAUUCCGACAAAACGUUGAGGAACCUAAAGUACCAACGUCGAAGACUGUAAUAAACAGCGAGUCGGAAAGUCCAGGACCACGCAGAUCCCAGCGAGUUCGUCAAGCACCAAAGCGUUUAAAUUUAUGA